UCCCCUCCCCGCUCCAGUCCGCAGACACGCAGCUCCGGCAGCAGAGGAGACACUUCGGGUCCGACAGAGCGCGGCCGAGCCGGCGGGGCCGACAGCAGCGUCCGCGCGUCUUUUCACGGAAAUGCUUCACCUGGAGUUUUCCCAGGGACGCUAAAAGUUUGGAUCGGAGCUUUCGGAUGGAGAGCGGGUGAAUCCUCACCUUUGGAUUUUUUUUAAGUUUCACAAGGGCGUAGCUCCAGUGUGAGGUGGCAUGUCAAACCGGGACUCGCUGGGCUUCGGGGACAUGGUUCCCCAGGAUGUGGUUGAUAUUUUUGCCCACGAGAAACAAGGGAAAAAUGGGCGGAAGAAGCGCAGUCGCUCCCUGGGCCGGGCUCUGGGCUGGCUGAAGGGCAAGAGGAAGAAGGACUCCGAGUCCAGCCGGCACGGUCUCGGUCCGUCUCUGGACCUGGCCGUGGAGCUGCACCCGGCCGGGCAUAAAGGAGGACACCGAUCUGGAAAGCAGGCCCACGCACAGGGAAACAGCCACGCCGUCCCAAAGCGAGAUGACGACGACGACAAGACGCUGGCGCCGCCGCUGUUCCAGGAGAACGUGUUCAUCGAGAGCAGCAGGCCCAAGUACCUGGAGGACCUUCACACUGAGGCCCUGGAGGGGCUGAAAAUGAUGCAGCAGGAAGAAACCAGUCUUGGGGUGGAGUGCCAGGACAACGAGAGCACUAUUUCGGCAGUGACGAUGCAGACGGACGGGGAAUGCGGAGGCUUUACGACAGACAGCACCAUUCCUGACACGUCCUCCGUCGUCUCUGUGCAGUCGUCAGUGUCCACAAAGUCCUCUCGCUCUGGACUCACCAGGCAAGGAUCAACAUUCAGACCUUUGAACUCUGGAAAAGGUGGUGAAAAGUCCAGAUCGAGGAGGAGACACAGGAAGACGGUUGCUGGAAUCCCGCAGCACGUUCGGAAAGAGCUCGGUUUGGACAGAGUUGGCUGGAUGAUGGCGCCAAAUGUAGCCGAGGAGCAGCUUUAUAAUGGGGAGAGUGAUUACAGCUCCACCACUGAGGGACCAGAGUCGCCUGACGGAGCCAGUACGGGUCUUCGGGCCACCAGCGUCAUUCAUCCUCUCAGCAAAGAUCGAGUCGAGCUGCACACUGCCGCCCAUGCCGGCCUCGACCUGGGCCUCCUCCAACACCUGGACCCUCACUGUGCGGCUGAGCAGAGGCCACAGUCGCUGGCCGCCCACUGGAUAAACAGCACCUCCAGCCUGCAGCAGGAGCCCCCCAGCCCCGUCAUGUCCAUGUCGCCCCAGGCGGCCUACAUGUCCAAAAUCAUCCCCAACGCAGUGCUGCCGCCCUCCAUCGACGUGGUUGAGAUCAGCCGCGGCCGGAGUCGCAACAGCGUGCGCACCGUCAGCAAGAGCAGCCUGGUGCUGUCCAGCCCGGCGCCCUCCCGGGCUUCUUCCCGCUCCAGCAGAACCACCUCCUCCAAAGCCUCCACCAUCACCUCCGCCUCUCGCCACAACAAGCCCAGUCUGUCCGACAGCAACUGGAGCAACUCCGACUCCUCCGACACUUUGGUGUCGAACUCCUCGACCAUCUCCACCAGCAGCACCCCCAGGCAGAGGAGAUCUCAGGAUGGAGAAGCCAAGGAGGACAAAGUUAGUGUUCACUCCAACGGCAAACUCAUUCAGGGAGAUGACACGAAGAGGGACGGACAGUUUGGGCGCAGCCUUUCUAUCAUGAAGGCCAAGAGGGCUCCUCCACCUCCGAGCCGCUCCUACUCCCUCCAUAAUAAGAUGAAGCGGCGGUCACGGGACCUGGCCGUUAUCUUGAAUCCAAGAGAGAACAGCUCAGCCCAGGUUGAGGAAAACGGAAAUGACAAACACGUGUCUUCUCCAGUAUGUACUAAUCCCGGCUACCAUGCUGACACCAGUUCUCUGGAUGAGUCCACAGAGUCUCAGUCAGUCAGUCCCAACAAAGCUCUGCCGCAAGUAGUGAAGACCGACGUUUCCGCACCAGAGACAAAGCAGGCUUCAGGCAAAGAAAAUAAGCUCAAUAACACAAUCUCCCCGUCCAGCGGCUACUCCAGUCGAGAGGCUUCCUCACCACAGCUUUCCAAACAGUCUGUCCACUCAUCUCCGAGGCACAAAAAAGGCAUCUUUGCCAAGCUUCAGAGGUUAUUUCCUGGGUCCAGUUCUUCCGAUCCAGCUUCUUCCUCUGCGGCACCUGCAGGAAUUCCUGAAAAUGCUGUUGACACAGCCGUCGUCAGCCCUUCUGUUCAAGCCUUGAGAGAACUCUUCAACAUUCCCGACCCCAAAGUCCACGCACCCCCGCCCCCUCCCCCUGAGGUGUGGGCUCACAGCAAACGUUCGUUCGAGUUGCUCUUGGGACCCCCGGCUCCCGAGAACGUUUACGCCAUCAUCAAGAAGAAUCCGAAGGACAGGAGACAGCAGAGGCAGCCGCCGUCUGCGUCUACAGACGGCUUGGCGGGAGAAAGAAAACAGCACAGCGCAGCUGUAGAGUCUGUUAAUAGAUCAGUACACAUGCAGAAUGCAAAGAAAGUUCAAGAAAGUGGUGUUUUGAUUGCAGAGAUUCACAGAGAGAACACUGAAAGACUGGCUCAGAAAGUUGACUUGAAAGAAAACGGUAAAGACGAGAAGGUUAGAGGAAGUGAUAUAUUAAAUGGCAUGUUGGCGAAGGCUGUAGAGAAACGUAAAGAAAGGCUGGAAAGAAGAGAAGAUGAAAUGAAGACGCCCACUCAAGCUACUGACCGAACGACUCGCGUAGAUGCAGUUUCUGCUGUUUCAUUAGUGCGCUGUUCUCCCUCGCCGUCUCCUUCUUUGGUGCACCGUAUCGUCCCACCUCCACCCGCGCAGACCACUGCUGCAACAGUUGUGGUCUCCCCAGAGUCGUCUUGGCCUCCACCACCACCACCCAUGGCACAAGUGAGCCCAAGGAGCCCCGAUGACCUUGAUUUCCCUCUCCCGCCUCCCCCGUUGUUUGCUGAGGGGGCGCCGGUUCUGCCUGUUCAGGUGCCACCAAAAGCGAUGACAAACGCCGAAACACAACAACCCGGUUCUGUUCAGGAGAACACACCCCCACCUUUAAACAUCCCUCCUCCUCCGUCUUAUACAGCUCCCCCUCCACCAAUGACAGCGGUCGCUCCCCUCACGAUAAGUAAAAUCACAAGUUCUCUUCCAGUGAUUGAGGAGGUUCUGACCCCCCCUCCUGCAGAGGACUUGGCUGUGAAGCCUAAAGACUCCAUCCCUACACCGCUCACGGUGGUAUCAGUUAAAACUUUUAUUGACGCCCCCCCUCUGCCUCCUGAAGGCAUCCCUCCUCCCCCUCCUCAACUCAAUGCUCCUCAGUUGAUUGCAGAGGUAACGAGUGUCAGCGGGUUUGCUCCACCACAGAGUAUUCCACCUCCACCACCGCUGCCCGCCCAGCAGCAGGCCGCAGAUAUAAAGAUUAUCGUCCCACAAGAGAGAGUCUCCCAUGAAACCUGCUCCUCCGACAGUAUUCUUGCUCCUCCCGAAAGUAUUCCACCUCCGCCCCCUGUAGAUCGUCUCCUCCAAGCGCAGAUCAACGCUGUGAAAACAAGUGACACGGCCACCAAUGUGCACGUCUCUUCGCCAGAGCAGGCUCGAGAUUCUACGCAGAUAAACAUCAUUAGUCCCUCUGCUCCUGCUGUACAAGAGGAACCCAUGGUCACCCCGUCUCUCCUGCAGAUGGUAAAGCUUCGCUCCGUCAACAGCAGUCCUGAACCCCCUAAAGCCGAGGAGCGACCGCAGGCUGUGGUCAAGAUGAGAAAGCCUCCGUCCGGUAACGGCCCGACCUCGUCUCCCAGUGGAGAGGCUCCUCAGAAGCCCAUCAGAAGAUCCCUGAUCAUCACCUCUCCCUCACCCACUUCUCCACCUGCCAUAGUCACGCCGCAGCCACCUCCACCGAAGUCUGUGUCUUCAUCCGCCAUCGAGCCGGGUGUGGAGAGGUCGUCCUCUUCCAUAGCUGCUGCUGCCUCUGUGGUUGCACCUGCUUCCACAUCCACGGUCACCUGCACUGUGGAAACGCCCCCCACUGCCACAUCUGCAGCUCCGGCAGUUGCAGUUCCACCCGUAACCUCAUCCACAGCCACCUCUGUUCAGGAGGCCUCACCUGCCACAGCUGCUGCUUCACCUGUAAAUCCUGCAUCUGCAUCCACAGUCGUCUCUUCCGUUGAAAACUCUCCUCCAGAGACCUCCGUCUCUCCAUCUGUUGAGGUUUCUGAUGCGUCUGCAUCCACAGUCGUCUCCUCUGUGGAAAACUCUCUUCCUGAUACGACCGUUGCUCCAUCUAUUGAUAUUUCACCUGCAUCCACAGUCGUCAUCUCCGUGGAAAACUCUCCUCCAGAGACCUCUGUCUCUCCAUCUAUUGAGGUUUCAGAUGCGCCGACAGUCGUCUCCUCCGUGGAAAGCUCUCUUCCUGAUACGACUGUUGCCCCAUCUAUCGAUAUUUCCCCUUCACCUGCAGCCACAGUCGUCACCUCUGUGGAAACUGCUCCUCUUGAGACGACUGCCGCUUCAUCCAUUGAUAAUUCACCUGCACCUGCAGCCACAGUCGUCUCCGUGGAGGUCUCGUCUUCUGCCACAACUCCUGCUCCCACCCUGCCGGCUCCACCUACAUCUACAUCUACAGUGGUCCCGCCGGUUGAAACCUCCCUCCCUGCUACGACUGCUGCUCCCACUGUCGUGGUUUCGUCUGCAUCGACAUCCACAGUCGUCACAUCUGUGGAAAAAUCUCCUCCAGCUGCUCCUGCAUCUUCGUCCAGAGUCGCCUCCUCCCCUGCAGAGAAGUCUCCUCCAGCCACAGCCGCUGUUCCUCCGAUCGUAGUUUCCCCUGCGUCCUCAACCACAGUUGUGUCCCCGGUUAAGAAGUCUCCGUCAGCCACGGCGACUCCUUCCAUGAACCUGCAGGAGGCGAUCCGGCUGAGGACGGCAGCCCGGUCCAAAGAGUCACCGGCGUCUCGCCUCAGUCUGAACUCACCAACUUCUCCAAAGGACUUCCGGAAGUCCCCCACCAGCACCGCGAGCUUCAUCUUCUCCAAGACCAAUAAGAAGGUGGUGAUCGAGACCAAGCCGGAGGCUCCGGUAGGCGCACAGAAGAGCCCGGCCCUUUCUCCGUUCGCUAAAGCCGUCAGCGAGGCGGAGUCACUGAAGAAGGGAGUCAAGGUGCCGCCGCCUGUCGCAAAGAAACCCAAAUCCAAAGGCAAAGAAGCUGAGAGCAGCGGAGGCACGGAGGGCGGCGCAGGGCGGGAAGCACAGCAAGAGACGGUCAGAGACGCUGCAGAGAAAACGAACGGCACAGCGGGAACUGUUGGAGGAGAAGGGUCGACAUGAUUGUUAAAGACUGAAGGGGAUCUGGACCGGCUUCACGAAAAACACUGAAUACACAUCCAGUCUUGGCGUGUGAGAGGAAACACUUAUUUCAACAAAACUGCGUUCUGAGAACUUGUUUGGGUUUAAUGUUAAUGGUGUGGGUCUUACUUUCUGAAGUGCUCAUCUUACAAAGUACUUUUUUUUUUCUUCCUUUGCCAGUGGGUCUUCUGAGCUUUAACUUGCAAGAGAUGGGAAUAUAGCGCCCUCUAGUGUCACACAGUGAUUGUUCCACUUACGUCCUGCUGAAUCGGAGCUUUAGUCGGUGCUUGUUGGGACUUUUGGGCGCUCCUCUGUAAAUACAUUGUGUAUAUUUAACAUAUCCUGUAAUGAUGGAUCUGUUCUACAGACUUCUGCUCUGUGUAUUAUCCAAAAGAGUUUUCACACCAAUUAUAUAUGUUGAAAAAAAUUAUUAAGUUAUUUUUCCAAUCCUGUUCAGAGGAGGGUCUUCUUUAAGGUGUGUUAAAUCCAAACACUAUGAUUGUACACAUUGAUUUAUAUAUUCAAAUUUAUGCUCACUAAAAACCCUCGUCACUUUUUCUUUUCCCCUCCAAAGUGAUCCUUCGUGUGACGACGACGACGCAGAAAAACACAUUGAUUUGAUUCUGGAGAACAUUUUGGUUUGGCUGCUUUGUGUUACUGAAAACAGAGGCGAUGCUUUUUCUUACAGCUAUGACAAACAGUGGGAUAUUUCUUUGAUCUAUAUUUCAAACUGGUUUUAGAGACUGUAAGAAAAUCAUUUAUAAAGAAAAUAAAGAUUUAUGGAGAAAUUGUU